AUGCUACGCACCCACGCUGAGCGUGAAACGAUUAAACACACUCAUGACAUGGCCAUAACUUUGCAGGUUCUUCCCGGAAUUCCGCCGCUUUUAGUUCAGAAUGAGCAAGAUAAGGAUAAUCAGAAGAAGUGUGGCAAGACGAAGAAGGCAACGAACGCAACCGCUCCACCUACCAAGAUCCUUUUUCUUGAUGGAUUGCGUGGUCUUGCUGCCUUGCUAGUCGUUACGCAACAUUCCCAAGAGUACAUGCAGGACUUAAACCUAGGCGCCGUUGCGGUGGACUCGUUUUUCGUACUCUCAUCAUUCCUCCUUACGUGGCUUUUUAUGAAAAAAAGUAUUUGCUUGCUCAAUCAGAAAGCGGGGAUACGUAAAUGGGCAUUCCUAUUAGCUGACUAUUUCUCCAAGCGAUUUUGUCGGGUUUAUCCUCUCUUUGCCCUCACAUGCGUUGCCUUGAGAAUAAUGGAUGAUGAAUACAAAAGUCGCUAUUAUCAUAUCGAGAAGGCGGCGACUUUUGACUUGUUCAAAACACUUACGUUCGACUUUGAAUCCCGGUACUUUGUAUUUUGGACGUUACCGCUUGAAAUUGCCUAUUAUUUUUUUAUCCCUGUGUUUGCUCUCGCUACGCUGUCUCUGAGAAACUAUUGGUGGGUACCAUAUAUUCCUGUAUACUGGUGGAUCAUCACUCAAGGCUGGAGCGAGUACCGCACGAGUCACACAGGGCUCUUACCGCAUAUUCCUACGUUUCUAGCGGGAUCAAUGGCUGCAGCUGUCUUCAUCAAGCUUGAUCCAUGGGUAAAAGCCAGUGGUGUCCACCAUCAAAUUUGGUUCAAAUUGUUGCUUCGAACGAUUGAGUUUACAAUGCUUGCCAUUUUUUUAAGCGUGGCCUUUCGUGGUCUUUUCUUUAAUUGGAUUCACCAUAACGUGGCACCACAGACGCCGGGUUUCCCAUUCGUCAGUGUGACGUUAACGAAUUUAAUUGUGUGUGAAAUGAUCUUGCCAUCGCCGGUAUCAUCAAUUUUAGAGUGGAGCUUCCUGCGGUAUUGGGGUAAAGUUAGCUUCUCCGUCUAUUUGCUGCACAGCUUCGUUCUUUUCAAUACAACAUUAAACUCGCAAGAUAAUUAUUAUUGCCGACUCUUCUCACGAUUUGGGUUACUUUGUCUGCUGGCUACGCUAUCGUAUCAAUUUGUCGAAUAUCCUUCGCAAUUGUUGGCCCAAGGUAUUACGAAAGCUUUGAACAAACAGGAGGCAAAAGGCUCGGACGACAUUACUUUUUUUUGCAGCAAGUGGUGGAAUAAUUUCAGUGGUUUGGCCCAGCAUUUUACAUCAAUACUGGACUUCAAAGCUUACAGAAAAUCCGUUCUUUUAGAUGAACACGGCGUGUAA